GUCUGCAGCCGUCAGUCAGCGGAGAGGAGCGUAUGUUUCAGCCGUCAGUCAUGUGUAUAUAUACAUUAUCUUAUUAAAGCCUUGUGUAUGUUGACAAUUAGAAGAUAUAAAUAUGCACAGGACAAACGUUGUAAAUAUCCACAGGUUUUACCGAUCACGUGAUUCAGAGUAGCCGAUUCCAUAAAACAGACAAGCUUGCUUGAUAAUAACAUGAUACUUCUCUACCGUGCACGCGAUCAGUGAAACCUUUGAUCAUGUCGGCAAGACUUUCCAGGACCUGUAAACCCUUGCUUCCGGAGAGAGAAGAUAUCGAUACACUACUGGUACUUCUAGAAUCCGAAGACACGCCGAGAAUAAAACACGCCUUGCAGACAGUGGGAUGUCUGAAGUCAGCUGUUGAGGAGGACUCGCCAAAGGAAAUACUGAAGAUAAUUGUCUGUAGAGAUAAAACAUUUACCUGCUUUUAUGAACUUUAUCAUCGUUUUGGGGAACAUGGCUUCAACGACAUCGCAGCACAAUUUCUUCGUUAUUUUGAGAUAACAUCUGGAAAAUCCGGGGCAAUAUCUAUAGUCCGCAGAUCGACUCCAGAUGACAGAGCACGUGCCCUGGAUAAUAUAUACAGGUGGCAAGGAAUGUUUCAUGAUGGUCAAUUUCAUGAUCCUCUACAAGUUUGCAGGGCACUAUCUGCAAACAUGAAAAUGAAAUGGAAGAACGAAUCAAAUGGGAAAAGAAAGUUGCUUUACGCAGACAACUGUGAAUAUUUGCAGAUUUUAGAAUUAGACACUAUCAUCCACAUGUACGAUAAAUCAAAAUUCGAUGAAGAACUAUUCCAAAGAAUCCAUUCAUUUUCGAAUCAAACAUCUAGUGCGCCUACGUUUGACGCCUUGUGUUGUGUUAGAAGAUCUCUAACUCGUGCAUAUGCUGGGGACUUUGCUGCAGCUGAAGAUUUGGCAAACUAUGCAAAGUUCCUCGCGGAAUUCGGCAGUGCCCCCGUGGAAUAUGCCAAUGUUCUAUACUACAUUAUCUUGUGUAAGUUGUGUCGUAUUCAGCAUUCUCCGACAACCAAAUUGAAAGAAUCCCUGCUGAAAGACGGAGAACGAGCAUUGAGUAUGUUGAUCUCGGACCCAUCAGAUGAGAAGAAUUUGGUGACAAAGAGAGUGAUUUUGUUGAGGAUGGCGUUUUGUUUGCUCGGAAUUGGUUUGAAUGGGGAUGUGUCUCCGAACUAUCAGGUCAGUCAAAGUGACCUAGAAAAGGCAGAAACGUUCUUAGCUGAAAUCGAGAUGACAGGCGUAGUGGCUCGUCGAAAAAUGUUUCAUUACAGAAGUCAGUCCAGGGUUUACGAAUUACGAGGUUAUCUGUGGAUGGCGCUGAAGACCAUUUCGCAGGCUUAUUCCAUCGCAAAAAACGGCCAUUUCGAAGAAGCUGGUGUCAUUGACAGAUACUUAUUUUCUCUGUUGAAAAGGUUGAACCAGUGUGAAGAUAAAAUUACUACGCGUCGACAUUCCGUCUGACUUCAUGUUUAACAGCUGUUUAAUUCUUUCCAAGUUGUUGCUUUGUUGGUAUGCUAUUUAUACUAUCACACACAAUGCACAUCCGAUAAAUCAAACAAUAUUCUAGACAAAUGUACAUCACCGGCUGUUUUGUCUUUGUGGUGACUAGUUAUGCGCAUUGUUAACUAGAUUUACCGGCCUGACAAAUACUUAUUACGUAAUGUUCCAAACUGAACACAGAUAAAGGGUAAAUCUUUGAAUCAAAAUACAGACAGCAGCCGUUGUUUCACAGAAAACAACGGUGAAUUUGAAAAGACCGUGUAUUCUUUUUCAAUGCCCACUCAAUCGGGUUGCGAUUUCAGAUGCAUGUUACAAACAAUGCGCUAACACAGGAAUUGUGAUAAUAUUUAUUGCAGUAUUUGAAUAGCAGUAUAUUUUUGUCGGGGUGAGGGGUGGGUUUCGGGUAUAUCGCGAUCGGUAAACAGAAUCUGUUAACUCCUAUUUAUUUUCGUACUGAAUACGAUUAUAUGCUUUAUUUUAUUCAUUAUUUGAAUAUUCAUUGUAUACAUUUUUCAAUACAUGUCAUAUAAAUAUGGUUACUGUAUCGAUUUAUACAUAUAUAUGUAAUCAUCCAUAUUUACCUCUUUUGUUCUAUAACCAAACUUAACAUUCAAGGCUAGAUGAAAUGCUUAAUUUGUUGGGUUUUUUUUUUUUUAAUUAUUAUUUAUUUAUUUGCCAUUGUUUAUUUCAUUUUAAGUAUCAAUUAUUUCCUUGUAUAUAAACAUUUUUCAUAAAUUCUAAAAGGUAGAUAUAUUUGUAUGAAUGAAAGGUGAAUAUAACGGACAGUGAUCAAUCUCAUAACUCCUAUAAGCAAUACAAAAUGGGCUAACACGGACCCCUGGACACCCCAGAGUUGGGAUCAGGUGCCUAGGAGGAGUAAGCAUCCCCUGUCGACCGGUCACACGUGCCGUGAGCCCUAUAUCUUGAUCAGGUAAACGGAGUUAUCCGUAGUCAAAAUCAGUGUCCCAAGAAGGGCCUAACAAUCGGUAUGAAACACGUCAGACAGCAUUUGACCUAAUGAUAAGUUGUAUUGACGAACUAGAUUGUUAUAACGAUCAUAGAAUUUGCGAAAUGCUGACUUCAAUCGAGACUGUUGAAACUCCUGUACCAUCAACUUCUUUGUCAGUAGCUUGUCUCGAUUUAAAAACUGACCAUACGCAGAACAAGCUCUUGCGUAUGGAAUCAGUUGAGAGACAAACACCAUAAGAAGGUGAUCAUGGAAUAUUGCUACAUAAAUAUGGGAAGUUGACGAUGGAGAAGCUGAAAUCAUCCCGUUUGUCAUACAGUUGAGCUGUCAGUUUCCCGUUAAUGUCUACUUUCAAUAAAAUAUCUAAGUAUAAAGCAGAA